AUGAGAAUGCCGCUUCCUCACAGCAUACUCGCUUUAUGCGGGCUAUUUUUGAUAUCAGGUACAGCCGCUGCCGAAAUUCACAAGCGCGAAGCUGCCUGCUCAUCAAUUCUUGUCACGUCUGGUGACACAUGUGCUACGCUAGCUGCGAAAUGUGGCAUCACGACUGCCGAGCUCGCCGACUAUAACACCAACUCAACUUCCUGUUCGAAUCCAACAGUGGGGAAGCCUGUUUGCUGCUCAUCUGGGACCCUCGAACUUCCACCCUCAAAAGGAAGCGAUGGUCUCUGUUACAUUUACACCCUGCAGGCUGAUGACACCUGUUCACGUAUCGCCGAUGGGUAUGAAAUUACGGUCGAUGACGUUGAGGUAUACAACAAUGCCACAUAUGCCUGGAAUGGCUGUGAUGAUCUGAAGCAAGGAUCCUUCAUUUGCUUGAGUGAGGGAUCUCCACCUAUGCCAGCGGCUCUUCCGGAUGCUAUCUGUGGACCACAAGUGCCUGGUACCGUCCGUCCAAGUAACAUGUCGACUCUUGACGAUCUGAAUCCGUGCUUGGCAACGGGUUGCAAGUGCAACCUGACAGUGGGGUUAUGCUACAAUACUGUAGAUUCCAAGUCGAGCUGUCCCACCGGUACAACUGCUGCAACGACCGUUGCUGUGAAGACUACCUCGACAAAAUCCACAGCUACCUCGACCAAGGCCAAGACGACAGUCCAUUCUACUUCUACUUCAACCACGUCUACCAAGCUCAUAGCUACCUCAACCAAGACAACAAGCACGCUCUCAGAAAAAGAAACAACCGCGAGCUCAACCACAUCUGUGGUCGAAAUCACAAGACUCUCUUGGACAAAGCCUACAACCACAACGUCAACGACCUCCAAAGUCGAAACCACAACAUCCUCCACAACCCACACCUCCUCCACCUCCGCGCUCUCAGAAACAACAACCCACAAAGACACAACAACAACCGCCACCACCAAGCAAACGUCCACCUCAACCUCAACCUCACCCGCCUCGACAUCAUCCUACGAGCCCUGGCAAAUAGCAAUGUACAGCGAAGAAGGCUGCGAAGGUGACUACUACCUUCUCUCCGGAUCAAACAAUGGCAAGGAAAGCGCAUGCCUCGACCUCCACGGUGGCCUUUCAUCCGUGUUCACCGAGUCAGGAACUUGGUGCCGCUGGUUUACGAACGGGGGCAGCGAUUCAACAGAUUGUGACGCGGGGACGAUGACAACGCCCGCAUCGUGGUACUUUACGAACGCGAUUUGCACUGUAUAUCCUUCAUCAAAUUGCACGAAUACAGAUGGUACGGCGCAGGGUUAUAGUUCUGCGUCGGGGUUUACUAAGGCGCCUGGCUGUACUAAUUUUGCAGAUGAUACGAUCAAGGUUUCGCCUUGGGGGUCGUUUCAGUGCAAUACUGUUGAUGCCACGAAUAUUUAG